GACUGCUGCGCGGUUCGACGUGUUUGUUCCUGGGGGAAAAGUUCAAGUGAAGUGAAGUUUAUUUUUCUGAAAAUUCCAGUUUUUUUCAAAUAGUUAGUGAUAAGCUUGCCGUUACCGUCGUGUGGAAACAAUUUCCAGCUGGAAUUGGAUUCCACUAUGUUCCCAUUCUCCUCGCUGCAGGUCGAGUACAGCAAUUUCCACCGUUCGUCGCAAAUCAUGUCCAACGCGCUGAGCAUGACCAAUUCGGGCUUCCCGCACUCGUGGAUCGUGUCCGGGCAGGAGUUCUGCCCGAUCACCUACUCGUCCAUUCAGUCGCACAAUUCGGCCGUCUCGAACAACCUGGCCACCGUCGAGCCGGGGCUGAUCGAGCUGCGCAAGGAGAAAUCACGCGACGCGGCCCGGUCACGCCGCGGCAAGGAGAACUACGAGUUCUACGAGCUGGCCAAAAUGUUACCCCUGCCGGCGGCCAUUACCAGCCAGCUGGAUAAGGCCUCCAUCAUCCGGCUGACGAUCAGUUACCUAAAGCUGAAGGAAUUCAGCGAAAGUGGUGUCCCAUCCUGGAGCAAGGAACCGAUCGGGUUUCAGAACUACAGCGCCCCUCAGUACAGUUACAACGAAAUGUUCGAAACGCACCUCGGGACGCACAUUCUACAGUCACUGGAUGGAUUCGCGCUGUCCACCAGCGUGGAUGGUCGCUUCCUGUACAUUUCAGAAACUGUUUCCAUCUACUUGGGUCUCUCCCAGGUGGAGAUGACCGGAAGCAGUAUCUUCGACUACAUUCACAAAGGUGAUCAUGCCGAACUAGAACAUCAACUGGGUAUCAAAAAGAACUCCGAGUAUUCGUAUAGCUCAUAUCCGGAUGAUCCACCGGAAAAGACCGUCCUGAAAAUGGCAAAAGACAGUAAGCCACUGCCCGGGGAGACGUACGAGGGGGAAGAUCGAGCCUUCUGCGUCCGAAUGAAGUCCACACUAACGAAGCGAGGUUGCCACUUUAAGUCGUCCGGCUAUCGGGUCAUCCUACUGCUCUGCCACCAGCGGAAACGCAACAACUCCACGGACGAGCACAACGAGAAGCAGACUGUGAUUGGAAUGGUGGGCAUCGGAAUCGCUCUUCCACCACCUUCGUUGCACGAAAUCAAACUCGAAUCCGAUAUGUUCGUGUUCCGAACGAGCCUGGACCUAACGAUCAUUCACUGCGAGAACAGAAUCGCCAGCUUUCUGGACUACACGGCCGAUGAACUCAAUGGAAAGAGUGUGUAUCUGCUUUGUCAUGGACAGGAUGCGCACAAGCUGAAGAAGAGUCACGCCGAACUAAUUCAAAAGGGUCAAGUGUUGACGCCCUUCUAUCGGAUUCUGAACAAAAACUCCGGCUACUUUUGGAUUCAGACCUGCUGCACCAUGGUCUGUCAGACGAAGAACAUGAGCGAUCAGACGGUGAUCUGCGUCAAUUACAUUAUCACACGCCCGGAGAAGGAGAAUAUGAUUCUGGACAUCUCGCAGAUGCCGAACAUUGGUUUAACGGAUUAUCACAGUGCCGGCAAGAGUAAUACCGCCUCGAAACGGGCAACGGCAUCGGCGAUGGACUACGAGCUGGACGUCAAGGGUGGCGAAAUGGGCGGAGCCCAUCCGGAGGGGGCGGCCUAUCACGACGGUCACAUGAUCGUCGAUCACAAAGAUCUGCUGGAAAAGUCCCCGCACAAAAGUCAGGUCAUCGGCAUGGGAAUGUACGACGGCAAGAAGGAUCAGCUGGAGUACAAGGAGAAGCAUCUGGAGCGGGAGAAGGGAUGCAGUAAUAGUAAGCAACUGCGACUAAAGUCCGGCAGCCCGCUGCUCGGCGUUUCGGCCAACGAAAACCACGGCAACCUGGAGAAGAAGACCUCCAACGGCAAGAAGAACAUCUCCAACCGGGCCAGCGUGAUUCGGGUGCUGAACAAAUCGUCCUCGAAGAAGAUACUGCAGGAAAACCAUUGAACCGCCGGUGAAAGGUUGUUAAACUCAUCAUCCCCGAAAGCUCCCCAUCCCAUUGUUUCUUACUGGCCAUCAGUGUCACAGCCGCUAGCUAACUAUACUCAACAAAACCGCUUAGAAGCAUGCGAUCGUAUUUAUUGCUU